AUGGAUGACAAUUUUGGCUCUGAAGCUUCCGAUUUGAGCCUUGAGGAACUGAAGGAGGAACAUUCUUCUCGACCCCCAGAAAUAGCUGAAUGGUUAUGGUGUAUCGAAUACGUUGCCAAAUUCGUCAAGGAGGAUAUACGCUGCAUAAUCGAUUUGAUGAACAUGGGCUAUGAAUACUCAAAUGAUUACGGGAGGAGGAUUAAUGAAGUCCUUUCUCUUAGAAUAUUGGAGCUUAUCUUUGAUCCAAGCAAGAAUGAUGCUACUGGUAUUGGUGUUGGUGCUUCUACUUCAGAGCCAAGAGUUGAGUUUGAUUUAUCUAUGAGCAACGCCAAUGUUCUUAGAGCAAUUCUGAAUGAGAUUCCAGUAUCAGAGCUACGAGUAGGCAUGCCGGAGCUAUCGAAGUUCAAUGUUCUUCCAUUUAUUGCUCACAAGAACUUGUGUUUGCCACAGUGUGCGCUUGAGAAGCUGAGAGAUUUGAGCUUAAUGGAGAAUCAGACAAGUGCAUCUUCUUCCAUGGAAGCAAAUGAUCCUGUUUUUAGAGAUGAUAGAUCAGUGCACAUGGAUACAUGCGAGGAGGAGCCGAGAGAUGAGCAACAAACGCAUAUUGGCGUGGAGCAAAACAUAAACGAGAAUGUUAAAGAAAUUGUCGUCUACGAGGAAGAUGAGCCAAUGCACACCAACGAAAGAGAUGAAGACACAGCUAGUGAGCCUAUUAGCAACGGUAGUACGACUGGUGAGACCUCUCAUCCGAGCUCAGGAAGAUUGCCAGAGGAUGCACGUGUCAAAUGUACAGAGGAUGGAACCUGGUUGAUCAGUGAGAGCGAUGAUGAUGAUGAUGAUGAUGAGUUAGAUAUGGUUAAAGGUCAAGCCUCCAGAACAAGAACAGAGAAUGUAUGCUGGAAAUGUGGAAAAGAAGGAUCAUUGUUGGUAUGUAGCAGAAGUGAGUGUUCAUCGAAAAUUCACAAGGAAUGCUUGAAAUGUCCGUUUAACGUUGAUGAAGACGGUAACUUUCACUGUCCUGUGUGUUGGUAUGAUCGGGCGGUUACAGAGUACAUAGACUCUCAGAAGAUGAUGAGCUCUGCCAAGAGAAAACUGGUGGAGCUUUUGCCUGUGCUUUCCGCAAUAAACAAGAGACACAGAUUUAAGCGAUCAGAAACGCAAACGCCCUUGUGCUUGACUGCUUGGUGA